AGGUCCAUCGAUUCGCUCGACACUUGUUCAUCCCGAAUACGAAAAUAUAGAAGUAGAAACCAAGCAAUUUUCGUUUUCUUUGCCUAGCGUUCCCUCGGCAUAAAGCUUGCUUCAUAAGUAUUUGCUUGAUAAGCGACAAAGAAACUUUUUCAAUCUUCUCUCAUUUUUUUCAUCCGUUUUUACAUCAAGAUCAUGUCGUCCAGCUCGAUGUUCGCGCUGACCAAUUACUCCACAUUUGUGGAGACACACCCAGCGAUGACGCUGCACCACCUCCUGCAGUCUUCGGUAACGCCCAUGUUUCAAGGUUGCGGGGCUUACCAGGCCCAAACCACCGAGGCGCAGCAGUACGCGACGAUCAACUACUAUGGAUGUGUCAGAGUUGAAAUCGACAAAGUUGAAAUAAUUUGUCAUGCAUAAAAUGGAUGCCAGUUGGAACCCAGUUUCCAAGUGGCGCAUGACAAAUCUUGGUGGCCCUUAAAUCCAGUUUGUCAUGCUGUUUAGGCAAAGAAGAGCGAUUUUAUCAUGCUACUUUAGCAGCUCGAGCUGUAACCCCAAACAGGCUUACAAUCGGCCUCACUUGCCUGCUCUGCAACACACGUACCUCGGGUCAUGCAUUUUAUGCAUUACAAAUUAUGUCAACUUUGACGAUUUCAAACCUGACGCUUCCAUAACUACCAGAUGCACGACGGCAUGGCGAUCAAUUUCCUCGGCGACACGGCGGUUAUGCAUUGCAAAAGCAUCGUACUAGUAUAGAUUGCAUUACAAAUUAGCCCAGCAUUACAAAUUUAAUUUGUAAUUAUACAAGAGGUGAACACGCUCCACACGUUAAAGGUUAAGCUUGUCGCUUUUCGCUUCUUUGUCUUUCUAUUCGCGCUGUAACGUUACACUUGGGGCCUUGAGCGUCGACCUAAACCUUACGAAAAUUCCAAUCGUAAAGCCUACUAGUAUGCGGCCUUGCAGCUUUUUUCAAAAUGUCGCUGAGAAGAAAAUUGUCCAUUUUGCCACAUGUGCCCGCUUUAUCGUGUUUCGCAUCAAACACGCAUGAAGCUGCAUUCGAAAAACAGUCGCAGUUUGAACUUCAACAUCAAAACCAUCUUUGCGUUUGCCGCUCGAAAAUAAGAACUUCUUUGUAUACGCCGCUUCGAAGUGAGAACAUCUUUACAGUGGAAUUUUCUUAAGAUUUAAUUUGUGCCUUCGAUCAUCAUCAUCAUCAUCUUCUUCUUUCUUUCCUUCAUCGCUGCUUCUUGGUAUUCGGAACGAGUGGAACAUGUUCAACAUCUUUUCUGGUAAAAAAUCCACCCGCGCCGUCGCACUUCGUAAUCUUGCAUGUUACUGGUAGCACUUCACUUUGUGCAGCCUUGUACCGUGUCGCCCAACCUUCCUCUCCAAAAAGUUCCCCUUCACAAUGCAUUGCCACUCUGUAGGGUGCGACCGAUGCGUAGCCCGCACGCCUCCGGAUUUGUGCCCCGGAAUUCUUAAAAUAUAGUUAUAGCCUAGGACUGGCGAAGGGAAUUAUUAGUUUUAGUGCAGGAACUAAUGCCGGAUAGCGCCUAGCUAGGAUUUCAGUUAUUUUCCUCACCCGACCCGUGGCCGGGCUUCUCGUAUCUUUUUCUCUAGCUGGUGCCUCAUUAACUUGUAUUUCGCGUAGCAGUGGUAAUUUCGCGCGAACUUUUUUGCUACGCCGGCCCACUGAUCGCGUCUGACUUGUUUCUCGACAAAAACAGCCGCGAGCUGUUUCACUCCUUCAAGAAAGUCAGGCAACGUAUCGGAGUAUCGCAAAAGCCGCAGCAUUGCGCUGCCUGCCACAGCAAAUACUGUCUUUCUGUGUAUGUUCGAGUCCAUGCACGGAAAUCGGAAAACCUUGAAAGAGAAACCAUUCCGCUUGUCAUAUAGCUUGAUCUGCAGUCUGCCCCCCCUGGUAAUCGAAAAAGUCAGGUCCAUGAAGUUGACCCGGCGCCUAGUGUCCUUCGAAUCUUUUUCGCAUUUUAGUGCCCCGUAGACUUUUUCAGGCAAAAACUCCUUGAGCAAGAGAUUUGUAAUGCAUAAACGCAAUUACUACGAUGCGCGCCACGAUCAACUACCAGAUGCACGACGGCAUGGCGAUCAAUUUCCUCGGCGAAACGGCCGUCGGUGGGGAGGAGUUCGACUUUCUCGUAUCCUGAAGAAAAACGUCCCCACCCCAUAGUUCUCAUGCAAAUCUGCAUGCUCGAAUGAAAUGUUUCUCAUGCGGAGCCCCAUGCGAAGCAUUUCCCACUCGUGUUUUUUGAAUUUGUAUGUAAUGCUGCAAUCAGCAUGCUCUGCUAGAUCUGUGAUGCUGCUGGACUAGGUAAAGGCAAACAGGAUUACACUACGAGGACAAACUUUUCGUGCGAAACAAUCAAAGCUGGCUGAUUUGUCUAGCGGAUUUCCCAUCUUGACUAUGGGGUGGGGACGUUUUUGGUCAGGAUAUCUCGCCCAGAUGGUUCCCCACCACAAGGGCGCCAGCGACAUGUGCGACGUGUGGCGCAAGGCGUCGGAAGAAAGAGCUGCUGCUUAUGAUUCAGCGGGAGUGGUGACCCAGCACAACACGGGGAUCGCGUCUCUCUGCUACAACAUCACGUUUGGCGCUCAGAAGUGGGGUGUGUGGCAGUCCGACUUUUCGCAACCGGGGGAAGCGAAGCAAAUGACGGACCAAAUCGCGCGGUUGGGAAUGACCAUGCGGUACAACCACAAAUGCGGUGGGGAGUCGGCGUGCUACCGAAAUGUCAGCAUCAACAACGCAAAUUACUUCGUUGCGCAGGGGAAUAGCACUACGAUGAUGAGUGGCAGUGGGGGGCAACACAGCAUGUUGCUCAGAAAUUUGGUGGCGGAACAAGACGAGCUCGAGCAACCGAAAAUCCUAAAUGCAGCGGAGUUGUCACGACCUGGCGCACCAUUGGGAGGUGCUAGCGCGACGAGUGAAAAUGAACGCAGUGCGCAUCCGCCACAGCUGUGGUCUUCCUCGUUGAGCAGUACUUCUUCAAAUACCGAGAUGAACUUGAAGCACUCGGAAACACCCGCAAUAGACGAAGAACCAGAACGGUCUUCUUACGGCGAGCCAGGCUCUUCCUUUCCUGCGGAUGAAGACACGGCGGCAAGAACCAGAAACCUGAUGACCGGCGGCCACAGUGGGCACCAUGGGGCCAGCGGAAGCGGCACUUCUGCCCAACAUUCGGGUAUGUUCAUGGGUUGCAACCUCCAGCCUUCGUUCAAGGACAAAUCGACUUCUGAGUACAUUCAGCUGAACAUGAAGAUGCACACGGAAAUGGCCUUCAACUGGACGAACAGCACGGACGUCGACUUCCUGCUGGGCAUGAUUCCCCACCACCAGGCAGCACUGGACAUGUGUGCGAUAUACUACAAGUACUGGGCCUGUGCGCCGGCCACGUCUGUCACCGAGUCCUGCAAACUCGCGAAUCUGCAGUCCGCCUCACAAACGGGCCUGACACUGACCGAAAUCCAAACGAAAAUCAGCCAGGGGCUAAUCGCGGAUAUCCCGAUGCUGAACUACAUGUACCACAUCUGCACCGGGCACAUCUUGGAAACGCAACCCGCGGAAAUUACUUGGAUGAAGGGGGAGCUGGAGCGGCUGUGGGUUUCGGAAAACCUGGGGAUGAGCAUGACGGCAGACGCGAUUCUCGCUGCAAGAAAAUGCAGCAGCAAUCAUGGGCACCACGACAGCGCCGGGAGUGGCAUGACCAUGUUGCAGAAUUACACUUUGGAGUGCGACAUGACGGGGGCAUCGAGCGGGAUGAACGGGGGACACCAUCACCAUCAGAUGGGCAUGGGAGCAAGCGGCUCUGGUACCAUUACGGUAUCCUCGGACGCCACAUCAAGGAGGAGCGCUGGCGCUGUGUUAUGGAGCGCAGCGUUCAUUAUUGUUUCUCUGCUGUACUUGUUCGUAGGUCCUUUUUCUCUAUUGCUGUGCCAAUAACGGCAUAUGAAAGAACGAAAAUGGAUUUCGUAAAAAUAUCAGGUUCCAACGGCAGAGGACUCAUGACUUUUUGUUUUUUCUGAUUGUGAUUGCGACCAUACAGCUUCUUGUCUUUUUUUAUACAUUUCUAUUCCUAGUAGUCCUACACCCCCAGUAUUGUACCGAAGGUUGUAACAAGUAGUUUGUACGUAGUUGGACGAGUAGUUGUUGAAGCCCCUGGAAGAAGAACUCGAGGUGGUUUACUGGAAUACGAUUUCUUGCAUGUGCAAAGAACAGACAGCUGUUUUCCUUUUCUGCAAAACGGAAUUGCAGCCAGGAGCGGACGACGCAAGUGAACAGUACUUCACGAGAUAGUUUCGCUUGACACAGUACCACCUUGUUGAGG